GGUAGUCGAGCGCGCGGCGUCUGCUUGUGUGAGGGCGAGGGGCGGGACAGUCAAUACUCCAUUUACUUCGCCUUUUUUCCCGUCCCCGCGCCGCCCACGAGUCCUUCCCGCCCCCGUGUGUGCCUGCAGGAGGAGCCUAGCGUGUGCCAGUCAAGAUGGAGGUGGUACAAGAGAAGAUGCACAGGCUCAAGGACCUCUACGACUGGGGUCUCACCAUAGCAGUCACCCAUUUCCUUCCCUCGCGUCCAGAUGAUCGUGUCAAAGGCUGGCCACUCAUGUCGUCGCCUCUCCCCACGCUGGGCAUCACGGCCGCCUACCUCAUCAUGGUCAAGUUGGGGCCGAGGCUGAUGGCACAGCGGCCGCCCUUCCAGCUCAAGAUCCCGCUUAUUGUCUACAACCUUGCUAUCAUGCUGCUUAACCUCUACAUCGGCGUGGAGCUGGCCAUCGUGUCGGUGCGGCUGCAGUACAGUUGGUUCUGCCAGCCCGUCGACUACUCCACCAACCCCGACGAGAUGAGAAUAGCGGCAGCCCUCUGGUGGUACUACGUGUCCAAGCUGGUGGAGUUCAUGGACACACUCUUCUUCAUCCUGCGCAAGAAGACCAACCAGCUCACCUUCCUCCACAUCUACCACCACUCCACCAUGUUCUGCCUCUGGUGGAUUGGCAUCAAAUGGGUGGCCGGCGGAUCCUCCUUCUUGGCGGCCAUGAUGAACAGCUUUGUGCACGUGGUCAUGUAUGCUUACUAUGGCCUCUCUGCCUUGGGCCCCUCCAUGCAGAAGUACUUGUGGUGGAAGAAGCACAUCACCUGCAUCCAGCUGAUCCAGUUUACCAGCGCCGGCGUCCUGGGAGCGCGGGCCAUCGUGGUGGGGUGUGACUUCCCCCUCUGGAUGCAGUACGCUCUCGUCGUCUACAUGAGCAGCUUCAUCGUGCUCUUCGGACAGUUCUACGUCCAGGCAUACAGGCUCAAGCAGAAGAAGCUCAAAGGCAGCAAGAAUGGCACAGCAGGUCAGCAUGGCGGCUCCAACGGCAUAGCCCACAAUGGCGUGCCCUCGGCCAGGCAGCAGCACCAGGCCAACGGGGUCGUUCGCCAGGACGGACAGGCACACAAGGAGGGAUCCGGAAGGAGGUCAGGCGGCAACAGCGGCGGGCAGCGGGGCGGGCAGCGGGGGGGCAACGCGCGCACCAGAGCCCAGCUGCGUCGUGAGGGCCGGGCUCGCCAUGACUCCUAAUGCUCCACACACUGAGCUCUCUAGCGAAGGGGACCGGGCAGUGCAUAGGCCAGGGCGCUGCUGAGUGGGUAAUGCUCGAGUGUGUGUGUCUGUGUGUGUGUGUGUGUGUGUGUGUGAAGUCUUCGCUGCCAUACAUAGGCCAGUCCUAGUUUUCGUCAUGCCAUCAAUACCCAGAACUCCUUUUAAGUGUCAUAAAGAAGAUGAGUCAAUAUGGGGACCGAGUGUUAGUCAUCCCGUUAGCCAUAGUCGUAGCUCUAGUCACGGUACUCAAGGUGAAGCGAUGAAGAUGAACGUCUACUCAUUAUUGGUUGUUGUGUUGAAGAGUGAGCCUAUUUUAUUAUCAAGGCUUUUUAUCACUUGUUACAAACACCAAAUAGUGCAUCAAGACUACCGGUGGACAUUCCUUAACAAUGGUCUCACUACCAAAUGUUUGCUAGUCAGAAAGAACACAACAUGACAAGUAUAUAUAUGUAAGACUUUUAUAUUAUGGGUUUUCAAUGGAUUUUUGUGUGUGUGAUCGUACACUCUAUAUAGACCCUGAACUGCACAAUGUUGGGAGAAGAACAUGGACAGUGGUGUGAUGCAAGCUGUCUGGAACCUAUUGUGUGUUUUCAUAUAGUGUCGGAUGCUUUUGCCCACCAGAAAAGAGGAUUGUAGAUAACACUAUACAUAAAGAGGAUGAUAUUAGACACACUUAGUUGAUCUCCAAGGCACCGUGUGUUUCCAUAAUGUUUUGAAUGCUUUUAACCAUCAGGAAAGAAGACUAGAUAAUGCUAUACAAGUAGAUGAUAUGAGACACACAUUGUCGUAAAGGUUGUAAGAAGCUUCGACUGCUAUUUCUUACGCUGUGUUGCUGUUGUGGUGUUUAUGACAUUCCUCAGGGUGACAAUACCCAAGUGAUUUCCAGUAGUAAGUAUAUAAAAAUAUAACAAAUAUAAUGGCAUUACUUAUAAGCUUCAUGAUCUCUCUAUAAGAUGAAGUAUACCAUGAUGGAGUUGAAGAUCACUGCCAUAUCAAGUUUUUUACUUCACCGAGUGUGUGGUUAUUGCUGCACACGACGCUGGGUUGUUCCCGUAGUGAUCUCUGCGUUUUUAGAAGAGGUUACUUAGACAGACGAGAGGCACAGUGAAGGACAGCUUCUCUGUCUGAACACUGAGCUGUUUGAUUUACUGGAUUUGAUUUAUAUUAGCUGCAUCGUGGUAAAUAAUUAUGUGUUGAGUGACUCUAAUGAUGGUGUGUGUGUGUGUGUGUGUGUGUGUGUACACUGGCUGUAUUUAGUAUUAUCUGUUUUCAUCUUGGUUAACUGCCAGAAUCUAUGGCAUGUAUGUGCAUGUCUUGUCUAUCAAUUUGCUUAUCUAUCUUUCCAUCUUUAUCUCUUUACCAACCUCUGUCUUUCCAUACACUCAUCUAUCUAUUUCCCCAUCUGUCUAUUCAUUGUGACCCUCACACAGGCAUUGGCAAGUUUGUUGAUGUGGAAUUCAAGCAUAAGAAAUAGAGCUUAGUGCUUGUAGCACAUGUCUUCCCUUGACUUAGGAAGACUUUAUUUAUAAAGCCAACCAUGUGAAGAUCAACUGUGUGAAGAUUGCCUAGGCUGUCACCCUCUAAAAGGUUGCCCUUGUUGCUAGUUUUCCUUCAUGCCUUUAUCUGUUAACAGUGGCAGACCAAGUGAUUGGUCUUGCUGCUGUUACACUUCUCAAGAUACUGCCACUGUGCAGGACUCUUAGAAUCAUCAGCUGUUUGAAGAGGACCUUAAAGAGCUGAGGAGUGCACUGUUGAGUGAUGGUAUGCAGCUGGACAAAGUUUGUACACAAGACAACCUUGCUUGUUUGAACAUCUGAAUGUUUGGCAAGUGCUUGAGGCAAAACUUGGCCCAGCUGCAUAUACAUGUUUAUAUUGUUGAUGUGUGUUAAAGGUUGAUGUUAAGAUGUCAUCAGUGUGUUGUUAUAUACUGAAGUAGAGGUUGAAAUACUGAAGCUAUUCCACACUGUUGACUUGAAGGCCUCUGAGGCAACCUAACCUCAUGAAGAAUGAUAUUAACAGAUGUUUAUUAAGUGGCAGUGAUGCUGAUGCCAAGCAGGUGUUCUCCAGUGUCAUAAAUGAUACAUAGUAUUUUCUCCCCUGUCAUGUAUUGUUACAUUAUUGUGCUGGGCCAGUAUGACAGACCCUUCACAGCACCAGAAGGCUCUGUGGUCACUCACUGUUGAUUUAAGAUGUACAUCCCACAGCCAACCUGAUUUAAAUAUCACAUACCUGUUUACUAUCACAGCUUUCCCAAAUGAAGACUAUUCACAGGUACAAAAUGAAUCUCUCCUUGCAGUGGUACAGCCCUUGAGGAACUGCAUCUGUAAUUCUUAUUGGACUUAUUAUUGAUGUACAAAAGUCAUCUCCUUUACUCUAAAUAUCUCACGUUGAGGGGAGUUUCCUGUGCAGUAGUCUGGCAAUAAAUGUGUGCUGGGAACACUCCAUUCCAAAUUGGGUUGUGAAGUGUUGGCUCAAGGCAGAGUGAGGAACAUAGGAAAUAGUUACUCUUUAGACAUCUUAACCAAGUGAUUUCAGGAUUAAUUGUAGCUGAUCUCAGAGACACUGUUGGUGACGUGUUGUGACAUGUUGACUAGACGAACGGAUGACAUUGUAAAGGAGCAUUGGAGUUGAUGUCUGGAGUUAGGGAUUCUCUGCUCCUUGUGUGGUGUGCUGUGCAGGGAAGCAGCGCAUGUGUGUGUUGUGGGCUGAGAGGCGGUUAUGAUGAGAUUAAGCUAGAGUUUAAGUUUAAGCGCAGAGUGUAGGAUGUAGCGAUGCAGUAUUAAUGAUUUGCUUUGUCAUUUCUUAUCACUGACUCAUCUCAUAGUCACCUCAACUCAUGGCCAGUAUUAUUGUUGUGUUGAAUACCUUGAGACUCAUAAUAUAAGUUGAGUCUUUUAAUGUUGAAUGUGAUUUUUUACAUAUUUAUUCUGUGAUGUGUUUUGAUCAUGACUUUUAUGUGUGGUUUAGAAUUUCUUUUCAGUAAUAUGGUAACCUUUGAUGAUUUAUUUAUUCAAUUUAUUUUAUUUAUUUUAUUUAUCUUAUAUGAAGGUUUACAUGGAACAUUAUGUCUCCUGAGGGCUUUGUGAGUCACUCUUUUCAAUGUCCUUCAUAUCACAGACAUUCCCUCAUCCCUCAGGGUGUUGCCGGAGCCACCAGUCAGUAUUUCAAGAACCAUUUCAUAGACAUUAAUGACGUACUACUUUUCAGCCAGCAUCUCAGGAUGUGCUAAAGAUAAUGGGUGUGAGGUGCAGCCAGUAUUGUUACUUUAAGCUUAGUUACUAAGUGCUAGAGCUGAAAUUUAUUACUAUUUUUAGUACCAUGAAUGUCUUUUAGUCAUUCUAAAUCAAAAUGUUUUCAUAAUAGUUACAUACAGAGACUGAUAGUUUAUGUUUGAAGGCUUUGCAUGUGUUGGGGAAACCAUUAAAGUAGUGAUUGUCUAAGAAAUACAUGAAAACGAGGUUCCCUCAAAGAGAUCCCACAAAGAAGAGAACCUUGUGAUUAUCACAACACUGCAGGGGAGCUUAGGGUUGUGUAAAGAUUGAUUCAUUCCACUCAUAUGAAGUUAGACACUCCCAUGACAAGGCAGGACUUUUUACCACUCAUAGAAGUGGUUUUUCUUACUAGUGAUAAGCAUACAUUAAAUAAUGUAUCUUAGGGCUUUUUAUAUGCCGUGUUUGAGUGUGUCUAGUGCAAGGUUAGUUAACACAAGCAUCAUCUCUCACCCCUCCCUCCUUAUGCCCUCAUUAUGACGUAACCUUCAGAGGGAUGAAAAGCAGACAUGUCGGACAAGAAGACUGAGUGAAGCCGUGAAGUGUGUGUAAUGAGGAUGCUUUCUUUGAGGGGCUUGGAGACAUGAAUUCACGGCAAUGACAUAAUUGAGCUGUGUUUGUGUGCGCGAGUGUGUGUGUGUGUGUAUGUGUGUGUGUGUGGUGGAGUUGGCAAUGCUUGUAGUGGUGGUGCUGCUGGUGGUGUGGUUGGGAAUGAAGGAGGAGGAGGUGGCAGAGAGGAUGGAUGAAGGAAGUGAAAGGAAGGAAAGGAGCGUGGAGCCAUGCAGUCACCGCCCUCGGCAUAAUCUCUUGUCCUUGUCUGUCUGAGUGUCUGUGUCUGUCUGUCUCGUCUGCUUUCCUAGUCCGUUUUUUGUAACUUUAAGAUCAUCUCCUUCUCAAGCAGCAUGAAUGAGAUUGUUGGUUAAGUCUCUGCAUCACUGUUUUUUUCUACACUAUUACCCUCAUCUUCACGGCGGUGAUGUGAGCUCUUCAAGGCGAGGGUGCAGGCCAGUUUAGACGAUUGGGUGUUUGUGUGUUAACUCUAAUGUGUUGACUCUAUGAUAUACUCUAAUUACUCUAACUAGGCACAUAAGCUCCGCCCAUCCAACGCCAUCCAGUCAGUCAGUUAAGCACAGCCACCAAUGAGAGACACGCUUUCCCUGCAUCCACCAGUCACAUCUUGAGUUGGAGAAGGGUUGUGGCUUGUGAACUGACCAAUGGCGUACAUACUGGGCGAAAGGGGGCGGAGCUAAUUUGCCAAGUUAGUUUGAAUGGAGUAUACCAGUAUUUCUUUAGGGCUAUCAAAGCCAUCUUGUUAAAAAGGCUUGUUAAUAGAGGUAAGGUUCUCAGUGUUAAGCUCAAAAAACAUCUGUAAUUGCUCUUUCUAUUGUUAAUUUCUAUGGUUGUUUACCUCCGAACGUAUAUUGGUCUCGAGGGAACCGUGUAUUGAUAUAUAAUGUUGAUACUUGCCAGAUAUGUAAAGCCGUCACCCUCCUCCUCUCCUCCAGUACUAUUCUCCUCCCUGCUUGGUUUUCAGUAUUGUGGUAUUGUAUCUAGUCAGCAGCGACAUAGGUUUGUAGGAGGAAUUAAAAGCAUUGAUUGUGA